AUGAUGUUAGGCUCAAUUCAAAUAACCAGAGAAAAUCUUACCGGCAUAGAUGUAGCUGAGAUAGCUAUAUCGCUACGUAAAAAUGAAGUUACUUUACUCCUUUUACGUGAAUGUACUGUAACGGAUGCGGAUUUCGAAAAAUUGGCUAAUGCUCUUGCUCAAUGCAAAUCUAUCGUACAACUAACUCUCAAUAUUGGAAUUGUAUCCAACAUUCAACGUAUUGCCAUCCUGGCUAAAGUCCUGCAACUAAAUAAAUCUCUUCGACGUUUGCACCUACAUGGUUCUCCUCUUGGCAAUGAUGGUUUAGCUUGUUUAAUGCCAGGCCUACUAAUACAUCCAACUUUAACUGAUUUUGAUGCUGGAGAUUGUCAGCUUGGAGAUGAUGCUAUUCGGGAUAUUGCUACGUUGAUAAUUGAAAAGGAAAAAAGAAAGCAUCCUAUAACUGUUCUUACUCUCAGCGCGAAUCAAGAUGUUACUGCCAAAGGAUGGACUAGUCUGAUUGCAGCUGUAGCAACUGCUAGAUAUCUCCGAAGUCUUCACAUAGAUUAUACACGACUAGGAGAUUAUGGGGCCGGUAUCAUCGCUGUAAUGUUAGCUUCUAAUCGUUCAUUAAGACAGCUAGACAUUGAAGACACUGGCAUAACAGAUAAUGGAGCUGAACUUAUGCUACAUUCACUUUAUUCUUUUCCAACAUCGAUCUCAAACUUUAUUCUGGAUGAGAAUGAUAUACAUGAGGAGAUACUUAGUGAGAUUGAUAGCUGUUUAAAUCAUGAUCACGAAGACGAAAAUAUA